AUGCCUGGGGCAACUAUUUGGUCUUUAAUAUUUUUUCUAAUGUUACUUACAUUGGGAUUAGAUAGUUCGUUUGGAGGUUCAGAAGCAAUAAUUACUGGUUUAAGUGAUGAAUUCCCAAUAAUUAAGCGAAAUAGAGAAAUUUUUGUUGCAAUUCUUUUCUCUUUUUAUAUGUUAAUUGGAAUAACAAUGUGUACAAAAGGGGGAAUGUUAGUAAUGGAAUGGCUUAUUGUUUACAGCACAACAUGGGGACUUUUAAUAGCUGUUUUUUGUGAGACUGCUGUUAUUUCCUUUAUUUAUGGUAUUAAACGUUUCUGUUCUGACAUUCAAAAAAUGCUUGGAUUUAAGCCUGGUUAUUAUUGGAGGUAA